UCGAUGACAACGCGUUCCUACGUUGUUUGUCUCCCCCCUCACCCUGACGUUUCCCACCCGUCAAUUUUCCGUAGGGCGAAGAAUGUAAAACCGCGUUCUCUUGCCCCGUGUGUAACACACAACACACACACAACACACUCCCGACAUAUUUAUCGGUGCCGUGAUCUCGAUGAAAUAUUCAUCACGUCGCGGGCUCAACGCAGGUGCCAACGUAAAGAAGGGCUCCUCGAAUGUCCGGCGGAAGCGCAUCGUUCACCGACACGGCGAUACAGGUCAGACUGGAACCACCGCGAUCGCUGCACGGUGUCGAGGAUGCCGAUGUCAUUUGGGACACGAUUACGCGACGAUUUCCAAAUGCGGCGCCGCUUCUCUGCGAGAUGGAAACGGUGAUCGAACGGGCGGAGGAUCUGCUGCGGCAACUCAAAACGCCCUGCGCCGAGGAAAGCGACACGUCUAGCUCGUUUCACACACCGGAUUCGCGGGAAUCCAACGUCACGAUUUCGUCUGAUAUGGAAUCGUUUACCGAGGAAACAAAUGUACCAAAACAUCCACCGGAAAUCAUCACAAACGUCGGAACGCAACUCGUAGCUCGCGAACGGCAAGAGGAUCCUCGCAGCGAACAAUCAGUUCGGUGCGAAACGGAAUAUCCCGAUCGGGAAGGAUAUCAUUCGUCCCCCAAAUUCGAUGAAGUCGUUCAACAUUUCGAAACGAGUUCGGCAAAUAAAUGUGAGGAUUCCCGAGGGGAAUCAGGCGCGGAUGUAACGGAUUGUAGCGAUAAGGGAAUCGUCGUCGCCAGUUCCGAGGAAAGAUUAAUGGCGAGGAUAGCGGAGCAGAACAGUCUGGAAGGAUGGACGAAAGUGGCCGAUAACGUGUUGCAAGAGUGGCGAGACAAUGUGGGAGACGAUACUACUGGCAACGAUUCGGAAACUCGAGCGAGCGCAAACAGAAAUACAGCUGAUUGUUUGUCGGCAGUCAACAAAGGCAAAACUGAGAAUACCGAUGACGUAAAGGUUGCAAAGACGAAUUUACAGAUAUUGCAGGAUGCGAAAGUCGGGCGAAAUUUCGUGACGACGAGUCGUCGUCGUUCGCCGUUGACCGUUCUUGAAGAAUACGCGAAACGAUGCCAAGUGCCGAUCAAAUACGAGAACAAACCGAAACCGAAUCUGUAUGUGAUAAACGGCGACCUGUGCGGAUUUCGCGCAAUGUCUUGUGCCGAUACCCAGGAUCUGGCUAAAAACGAAUUGGCGGCAAAAAUAUUGUGGCUGGUAGCCGAGCGCCAGAUGAAUGGCUCGAAACUUUCGUCGUCCGUCUGCGGAUUAUCGGAUUUCUCGAGAGAGGAAAUGCUAGAGAUAACCGAGUUUAACAAAGACAAGUUGAAGAACGCGUCGCAAAAGCUUUACAAGAUUUGUCUUGAAAAAGGAGUAGUCACUCCGGAAUAUUCUAUUCACAAUAAGAUCACGAAUCAGGGAAACGUGUACGAAGCACAAUGUAAGGCUUUAGGUCUCGUCGGAAUCGGUCAAGGAAAGAGGAAAGAUAACGCCAAGAUUGCAGCUGCAGAAAAUUUGUUUCAGAAAUAUACGCAGAAAACGGAACAACAAAUAAAUACUUAAAAAAAAUAUCAUCUCAUAUAUCGCAA